AGAUAUAGUAGCCUUCAGUGCUAACGUGUGCACCAAUAAGACUGAACAGCGCUUUUUUUGUCCAUAAGAGGGAGUCAAGUUUCUUAGUUGCCCCGUUUUCGCCCACUUCCACAGCAGAACUACCGAACAGAGUGACCGGACAGGGGGGGGGGGGGGGAGAUAUCGCUCGACAACGAUUAUUUUCUCCCAUAGUGGCUGUUGGGAACUCACGUCUGUGGUUGGAUAGUCGGUCGGUCGGUCAGUUCGCCCCUUCAGCCUUCACUCACAACUUCGCCUCUUCGCAGCAGCCGAAGAACAAGGUGGUACAUGAUCACCAGGAAGCUUUUGAUUUGUUCAUAUCUGGAUUAACUCGCAGACGACAAGAUUUUUUUUUGGUUUCCAGAUUUUUUUUUUGUAGCAGAGAGACUUUUUUUCUCUGUCAGAAUGUUGUGGAAAUUAGCCGACAACGUGAAGUACGAGGAUGACUGCGAGGAAAGGCACGACGGCAACAGCAAUGGGAACCCCCGGCUGCCCCACCUGCCAGCGGUCAGUCAGCACCUCUACAGCCCGUCUUCCUCCCUCUCACACUCGGCCAGUUCGGACUUCCAGCCCCCGUACUUCCCGCCUCCCUACCAGCCCAUCUCCUACCCGCAGUCCAGUGACCCCUACUCCCACCUCGGGGACCCUUUCAACAUCAACUCCUUACACCAGUCGCAGUCGUCGAACCAGCAGCAAUGGCCCGGUCGGCAGGGCCAGGAGGGGCUCGGUGCCCACGGGAGGAGCGGACUGGCGAGUCAAAUCCUGGGCCUGGAGGGCUCGUCCGGGGUGAGGAGGGAAGGCUUCCGCCGGCCUGAGCUGCUGUCCCCACACGUGCACAGCAUAGAGUCGUCGGUUAUUGGGGACAGCAUGGGGAUGCACGACAUGGGGCACGGACUGGAGGAUGUUCAACAUGUAGAUGACCACAGUGUUAUUAUGGCAGACCAGACAGUCAUCAAAAAAGUAUUAGGACUACGAGGUGGCAGGAACCUUGAUCGCUUACAGAGGACUUAUUAUCAGGGGGGAAUUCUGGCGGGGCCUGUCACUCUACCCAAAGGCAACGUGCUGGGUCUUCCUUUCCAGAAAGAGUCCCUGCUGGGCAUGAUAUCAAACCCCACAGAGGUAUUCUGCUCCGUACCGGGCCGCCUUUCCUUGCUGAGCUCCACUUCCAAGUACAAGGUUACCGUGGCCGAGGUCCAGAGACGUCUGUCACCCCCUGAGUGCCUCAACGCAUCGCUCCUGGGAGGUGUUUUACGCAGAGCCAAGUCAAAAAAUGGAGGUCGCUCUCUGAGAGAAAAGUUGGAUAAGAUCGGGCUCAACCUGCCUGCAGGAAGAAGGAAGGCAGCCAAUGUCACACUACUUACCUCACUAGUGGAAGGUGAAGCUGUUCAUUUAGCAAGAGACUUUGGAUACGUGUGUGAGACAGAGUUCCCUGCAAAGGCAAUUGCUGAAUACCUGGGCAGGCCGCACGUGGAGCGCAACGAGGUUAACUCUCGCAAGAACAUGCUCCUAGCUGCCAAGCAAAUCUGCAAGGAGUUCACUGACCUGCUUACUCAGGACCGUUCACCUCUGGGCAACUCUCGGCCGGCCCCCAUCAUGGAGCCUGGAAUCCAAGGCUGCCUGACCCACUUCAGCCUCAUCACUCAUGGCUUUGGCUCUCCGGCCAUCUGCGCCGCCAUGACCUCGCUUCAGAACUACCUGAACGAGGCACUCAAACAAGUGGACAAGAUGUACCUGAGCUCUGGUAGCGACACCCAGGGAUCCUCAGACAGUGGAAGCAAAUCUGCAGACAAAAUGGACAAGCACAGGAAAUGAGAGCUCAGAGGAGAAUCCUUAUGAACCCCAGAAUCCCUUAAUCUUGCCGCCCUGUCUGCCCUUUUUGGAUUUAAAAGAAAACUAAAAAAAAAUCAAUAUUGAUUGAUAAGUAUUGUCAUUUUGAGAGAUGUGUGUGUGUGUGUGUGUGUGUGUGUGUGUGCACUGUGGCUGCAAAUCAGCACCGACGAUGAACGCCUGUGUGAUCCGGUCCAAAUGGGAGCCCACCUUGUGAGGGCAUUAAACACACCAUAUCAUACUAACCACCAUGCAGUUUCAUUUAGUUGUCAAUAUCCUGAUGCUACGAC